AUGGCAGGCCUGCUGCUGCGGCAGCUGGAUCCUGUGCGCCAGAUCCAGCGAACUUGCAGCUUUCGGCUUGAGCCGUCCGUGCUCUUGCGCUGUCCCCACAUCUUGUGCUUUACUGCAGAGGAUGUGGCCGAAAGUCCGCUGUCUCUCUUUCCCCUUUGCCUCUCUGCUGUGCUGCGCUGUGCUCGUGGCCCCAAGGACUGCGGCGUGAUCUUCGACAGCUCUGAUGCGGUUAUGGACGAGGCCAAGAAGAUGGUCCGUCUCGACCACGUCUCCAAGCCCUGGACUCGCGAGUCCUGGGAGAAGGCUAGGCCCUUCAUUCUCGAGCAGCGUCAGAAGCUCGAGACUUCCGGCUGGGCGGGCACCGACUCGGCCCGUACCGAGAUGUACGUGCUCCGCCGCACCGCCCCUCACGGUGCCUUCACAGACGAUGGCUUCAUGUACAUCAGAAUGCCAAAGAAGUUCAUCGACUUCCACCGAUCCAGCCGAUCCGCUGAGGAGGAUAAGGCCGAGGAGAACGAUGACGCCAAGCAGCGCAAGACACUUCGCCGCCGAAAGGAGAACGCACCCUCAUACAAGCUCGACAACGAGUACAUCUGGAAGGUGCGCGUCGACGGCGACGGCGAGACCAGCGAGCGUGACCCCAACGUCAUCCUUGACACUCCUGAGCCAUUGGAGAACAUCUUCUACCUCGUCCAGUGUCUUUCGCCCGGUAUGGCCAAGCUCGAGUACAACCGCAAGGAUGCUAUGCAGCCCAACACCAAGCAGUCGGAUCUCCGCGACGACCCAGAAGCCCCCGCUAUGCGACACCGCGCCGUGUUCGCCGCAAGCGAGAAGAUGGUUCGCACGCUCCCUCCCGCCUUCUGGAUGAAGAAGAACGAGAUCGAGCUUCGCAAGAUCCUCGGUGGUGAGGCUUACGAGGCCACCAUGCGUGCCGCAUCGGACGACAAGCGCUCGCACGUCCGCGACGUCAAGGGCCUCAACGAGAAGGUCUGGGAAGAGGCUCUGCCUCCCCGCUCGGAGACAGAGAAGAAGGGCAAGAAGUCGAAGGCCAUGAAGUCGGCAAAGGCGGUUGCGGCAAGUGCAUGA